GGCCUUCUAUCAUUUCUGAGUGCUCCUCUGAUUGGUGCAUUGUCAGACGUGUGGGGACGCAAGUCCUUCUUGCUGCUAACGGUCUUCUUCACAUGUGCACCUAUUCCACUGAUGAAGAUCAGCCCAUGGUGGUACUUUGCAGUCAUCUCCAUGUCUGGUGUUUUUGCCGUCACCUUCUCUGUGAUCUUUGCCUACGUGGCAGACAUCACACAAGAGCAUGAGAGGAGUACAGCAUACGGUUUGGUAUCAGCUACUUUCGCAGCCAGCCUGGUUACCAGCCCAGCCAUCGGAGCCUAUCUGUCUGAGAAUUAUGGCGACACGUUGGUGGUGAUCCUGGCCACGGCCAUCGCCCUCCUUGACAUCUGCUUCAUCCUGGUGGCCGUACCCGAAUCGCUGCCCGAGAAAAUGAGGCCAGCAUCGUGGGGAGCGCCCAUCUCCUGGGAACAGGCAGACCCCUUUGCUUCUCUGCGUAAAGUGGGUCAGGACUCCACGGUGCUCCUCAUCUGCAUCACAGUGUUUCUCUCCUACCUCCCUGAGGCCGGACAGUACUCCAGCUUCUUCCUUUAUCUCAGACAGGUCAUACGCUUCUCCUCUGAGACGGUGGCUGCCUUUAUAGCAGUAUUAGGAAUCCUCUCAAUAUUGGCACAGACUGUUGUUUUGGGCAUUCUGAUGCGUUCAAUAGGAAAUAAAAACACAAUCCUUCUCGGCCUUGGCUUCCAGAUCCUCCAGCUAGCCUGGUAUGGCUUUGGCUCUCAGCCCUGGAUGAUGUGGGCAGCUGGAGCUGUUGCUGCCAUGUCCAGCAUCACCUUCCCUGCUAUUAGCGCCAUUGUGUCCCGUAACGCAGACCCCGAUCAGCAAGGCGUCGUCCAGGGGAUGAUCACUGGCAUCCGGGGGCUCUGUAGCGGUUUGGGACCUGCCCUUUAUGGUUUUGUCUUCUAUUUAUUCCACGUCGAGUUGUCUGACCCAGACAGCCCUGAGAAAGGUCCCAAGUCUCCUCAGAGUUUAGCCAACCCUACUGAUGAGAGUGCCAUCAUCCCAGGUCCUCCUUUCCUUUUCGGUGCAUGCUCAGUGCUGCUGUCUCUGCUAGUGGCCCUGUUCAUCCCCGAGCACAUCGGGCCUGGUUUGAGGCCCGGCGCCUAUAAGAAGCACAGCAAUGGGGCACAGAGUCAUUCUCACAGCCCCCAGGGCAGCGGGGCAGAGGGAAAGGAGCCGCUGCUGGAGGAUAGUAGUGUAUAACCUCAGCUAAGGGAGGCAGACUCCCUCGGUUUACCCCAAAAAGACCCUCCACACAUGGACAAAUACACACAUUUUACCACAUGGACACCUCAGGCACACAUCUUACGAAAGUGCCAUGAAGACGAGAUGGUGAUUGUGUGGAUGCGUCUACAGCACAAAAGUGGGUGCUCCAUCCUUUGCAGCCUUUUGUUUUUCAAAACAGGGUUUUGUGUGAACUCUCUAAAGAUCCUGUAUGAAGAGGCUGUGUUUCAUAUUUUCUUUUAGGCUGCAGUUAAAUAGGUGUAUGAGAGGGACACACACACACACACACACACAAUGCUUUAUUGGAUUCUAGUUUUUGGUGAUAAUGAGUGGGAGGGGGUGCACCAGCUCACCUCCCCUGAUUCAGAGUGCAAGUGGGGUUUAUCUCAAAUGUUACUAAAUACCUGUGUGAGUCUUUAUCGAUCCUACAAAAGUCAAGUGGCUACUUCGUCCAACUGGAGCGUAACAAACAGGCGAGCACUUGCUAACUUUGCUCUGAAGCUGGCGGUUGAGACUACAGAUCCCAUCCGAGGGAGGAAACCCAGUUCUAACGCUGUGACCACAUCAGGAAAGCACAGCACCUCUAAACUUGAGAGGAGAGUUGGAAGAGCUGCUACCUAAUCUCAGCCUGGAUGCUCAAACGGUUCAGAUACAAUAGGCUUUGUUAGGACCACAGCUUGUUAGAAUGGCACACUUCUUACAUAAGAGAGAAGUGCAGGAAAGAGACCACUUUAUUAGCUGAACAGUUGUUUAUUUCAAUGUUUACUUGCGAUUCUCUAGAUUCGUAGUACUGUUUGGGUUGUAUAUUUUUUUCUGUUCAAACUGAAAGCUAGUUGUGCUUCAAGUUUUUAUUCACGAAACAAAUGUUGCCUUGAAGUUCCAUUGCAUAACCUGUAUGAAGACCAAGGUCUGAGAAGGCUCUGUAAUCUUACCCUAUUGCUCCCAUCGGAGCCAUCAGACACUUUUUAUUCCUUCGUUUAUGCCCUUCAUGUUGCUGUUUCCUGGCAUUUAUCACCAUCAGAGUUGAGGCUCACAGAACCACAGUUUUUUUCUUUUAAAGCCUCUGGGCCAUUUGGAGCUAGAGCGUUGCCAUCAGCAGGUCGGGUUGAAUAAUUGUCUUUAGGUUCAAGAGAAUAUCAGUAAUCGUGUAAUGGAUGAAAUUUUUUGUAGCUCAUUAGAUAAAGACCAUUACGAUUUUA